UCUCCAGGGACCCCUUUGUUCGCAGCCCAGACGCCAACACCUCCGCGUCCCCAAGGGCUUGACCGCCUGCGUCCGCGCCGCGCCCGGGGCAGAGCUCAGACCAGGAGAGGGGAGGGGGCGACUCGGCCGGCCGGGCCCUCCAGCCACCCACCCCUCCCGACAUGUCGCGCUCCUUCUAUGUCGACUCGCUCAUCAUCAAGGACUCCUCAAGGCCCGCGCCCUCGCUGCCUGAGCCGCACCCUGGGCCAGAUUUCUUCAUCCCGCUGGGCAUGCCGUCCCCAUUGGUGAUGUCGGUGUCCGGGCCCGGGUGCCCAUCCCGCAAGAGCGGCGCGUUCUGCGUUUGCCCGCUCUGCGUCACUUCGCACCUGCACUCUUCUCGUGGGCCGGCGGGCUCUGGCGGCGGGGGCGCAGGGGCCGGGAGUGCAGGGGCCGGAGGUGGCGGGGCGGCUGGGGGCGCCGGGGCCCUGCCCCUGCUCAAGAGUCAGUUCUCUUCGGGUCCUGGGGACGCGCAGUUUUGCCCCCGCGUGAGCCACGCGCACCAUCACCACCACCCGCCGCAGCACCACCAUCACCACCACCAGCCCCAGCAGCCCGGCUCGGCCGCUGCCGCAGCGGCUGCGGCGGCAGCGGCAGCGGCCGCGGCGGCCUUGGGGCACCCGCAGCACCACGCACCUGUCUGCGCCACCACCACCUACAACGUGGCAGACCCGCGGAGAUUCCACUGCCUCACCAUGGGGGGCUCGGACGCCAGCCAGGUACCCAACGGCAAGAGGAUGAGGACAGCGUUCACCAGCACGCAGCUCCUGGAGCUGGAGCGGGAAUUCUCUUCCAACAUGUACCUGUCUCGACUCCGGAGGAUCGAAAUCGCCACUUACCUGAACCUGUCGGAGAAGCAGGUGAAAAUCUGGUUUCAGAACCGCCGGGUGAAGCAUAAGAAGGAAGGGAAGGGCACGCAGAGGAACAGUCACGCGGGCUGCAAGUGUGUCGGCAGCCAGGCGCACUAUGCGCGCUCGGAGGAUGAGGACUCCUUGUCGCCGGCCUCAGCCAACGAUGACAAGGAGAUUUCCCCCUUAUGAGGGAGGGCUGCCCCUCUUUCACCACCCGCUUCCGGCAGCCCCCUCAACGCCAAGGCAGGCACCAAGGGCCCAAAUCCUCUGCUAUUCCAUGGUCCCAUCUGGAAAGGAACGGACCCGAGAGUUCCUGGGUUGUACAUGCCGCGCCUGACCCUUCACGCCUUCUCCUUGACCUAUUUGUUGAGGGCUCCACUCACAGUUAUAGAUCGUUUUUUAAAAAUGUACAUAAUCUAGAUUCAACUCAGUCUGGUCAUAAACAGAGAAGAAACAGGGUUGGUUUAAGUUUAACACUGUAUAGUGGUUUUUGAAAGCGCAUGUCAUUUCCCCUUCCCUACUGUCCUUCAAAACGUGAUCAGAACACGGGGUUUCUUGAUUAUUUUGUUGUUCUUUUAAAAAUGAAAGUAUUGAAUUGCGAAUAAUUUAGAAAACUAAACCCUGUAGGUCUUGCUUUCUGAAAAUUUGCCUGGGGAGAGUUUAAAAUCCAAGCCCCUGGA